AUGAGGAAAUUCGAUCAACAGCAAAUCGAUCAAGUUUUAAAAAAGAGAUUCUUUCUGGCUCAAUCAGCACAUAUAUAUGGAGGAAUUUCGGGACUAUACGACUUAGGCCCACCAGGAUUGUCAAUAAAAACAAAUAUCUUGGCAUUGUGGAGAAAGCACUUUGUACUUGAAGAAGACAUGCUUGAGAUAGAAACGACCACCAUGCUGCCUUAUGAUGUUUUGAAGGCUAGCGGGCAUGUAGAUAAAUUCUGUGACAUCUUGGUUUUUGACGAGGUGACCGGAGACUGCUUCAGGGCGGACCACUUGGUUGAGGAAACUCUAGAAAAAAUGAGUCCCACAGAAGAAGUUAUUCGAGACCUUCAAAGAGUUGAUUGCAUGACAUGCCAGGAAAUCGACGCAGUUAUAUCAAAGUACAACAUAAAGAGUGUUUUGGGUAAUAAGCUAAGCAAAUCACAGCAGUUUAAUCUUAUGUUUGGAACACAGAUAGGUUAUAAAGGAGGCCAAACCAUGUUCUUAAGGCCUGAAACGGCACAAGGGCAGUUUUUGAAUUUUAAAAAGCUUUACGAAUAUAAUAACGAGAAGCUUCCAUUUGCAUCUGCCUCAAUAGGAAAAUCAUACAGAAAUGAGAUAAGCCCGAGAUCAGGCCUCAUUAGAGUUAGAGAAUUUGACCAGGCAGAAAUCGAACACUUCGUUCUCCCCGACGAAAAAAAACAUCCGAAAUUUUCCUCAGUAAAAGAAAUCAAAUUGAAGUUUAUACAAGAAGAUUCAAGUGAGGAAAUCUCCUUGGGAGAAGCAGUAGAGAGAAAAAUGGUAUGUAAUGAAACCAUCGGGUACUAUAUUGGAAGAACUGCUUUAUUUCUUAUAGAAGUAGGAAUUGACAAAGAAUUGCUCAGGUUUAGACAGCAUAAAAAAGAGGAAAUGGCUCACUAUGCUAAAGACUGCUGGGACGCGGAGAUAUACACAUCUUAUGGAUGGAUCGAAUGUGUAGGAAUAGCAGAUAGAUCGUGUUAUGAUCUAAAAUGCCAUGAAGAUGGGUCAAAAGUUGAUUUGAGAUGCAAAAGAAGACUCACCAAUCCAAAAGAGGUUGAAGAAUGGAUUCUAAAGCUAGAUAAGAAGGAAUGGGGAGCAAGGCUCAGAGACAGAUUUUCUACUCUAAUAGAAAUGAUCAACGGCUUUUCCCAAGAGUAUAUUGAAAAAAACAUCUCAGCUCUUGAUGGUAACAAAAACUACCUAAAUGUGGAAUUCGAUGGACAUGGCAUCAAUGUUGAGUGUUCCAAAGAGAAGAAAAAGAUAUUUGUUGAAAACGUAAUCCCCGAUGUAAUCGAACCAUCUUUUGGUAUUGGAAGGAUUCUUUACGCAUUACUUGAGCAUUCGUUCUACCAGAGAGAAGAUUUAAGACCUGUACUUAAGUUAAAGCCAAUGAUUGCGCCAAUCCAAUGUGCUAUCGGAUACCUAAUAUACUACAACGAAUUUGAGGAACAUAUUUUGAAGAUAAAAAGGUCUCUGGCAGAAAAUGGACUAGUGGUUCAUGUAAACGAACGGUCGUGCAGUAUCGGGAGAAAAUAUUCUUCAUACGAUGAAUUAGGUGUCCCAUUUUUUAUCACAUUCGACCCCGACUUUCUUAAAGACAGCAUGGUAACCAUAAGAGAGAGAGACACAAUGAACCAGAUAAGGGUUGAUGUUGAAAAAUGUCCCUCUAUCAUCCUGGAAUAUAUCAGAGGGGAAUCUAAAUGGAAUUAA